AUGGAGUUUGUGUUGCCCAUCGGCACCACGACGUACCAGUCACGCCGGCACGAACAGCUUCGUCGACGUGAGUACUUUGGCGUGUUGCCCGACUUCGAGGACGAGCCUACCAGGCCUCAGGUCGCCAUGACGACGUGCAACGGUGAACCGGCCGACGAGGUCAAGCCGAGUCGACAUUCACGAAUCGGCAUCUACUACAAACGACCGCCUGGCCUUCGGGCCAGACACGCACUGGGCGACCUAAGCGGCGCCAGUGACACCUCGAACGCCGACUAUGUACCCGAGCCGCCCUUUACUCGUCAUCAGGACAACCGACUGCGACUCGGUCUGACCGUUCAGUCGAGACUCAGGCCCAGAUGG